AUGAAGUACUCGUUGUUCCUAUCCGCCGCUUUCACGCUCCUUCUGAGCCCUCUGGCGGCCUCCGCCCCAACAGCAAAGGCAGCCGUGACCCUGCGAGUUCGGGCAGAAGACCUCCAGGCCCUUCGCUUGCGAAGAAGUGAGGAAGCCACGGCGCUUUACGCGUACAUUGUGGCCGACUCCGAGGUGGAUGAGAAGAAGAAGCGUGAUGAGGAAGCCACUGCGCUUUACGCUUACAUUGCGGCCGAUUCCGAGCUGGACAAGCGUGAUGAGGAAGCCACGGCGCUUUACGCUUACAUUGCGGCCGAUUCCGAGCUGGACAAGCGUGAUGAGGAGGCUACGGCGCUUUACGCUUACAUUGCGGCCGACUCCGAGCUGGACAAGAAGAAGCGUGAUGAGGAGGCUACGGCGUUGUAUGCGUACAUUGCCGCCGAUAGUGAACUGGAGGACUGAGCUCCACCAUCGAUAAUAGGCGCUCCAGUGAGUACUACUCAGGUAACUUGCUGUAAUCGAUCAUCUAUGA